UGUUCCAGUGUGCAUUCCUAUUUUCUUAGUCCAGGGAGCAAUACAAUGCAGACCAUUCUAUCAACAUUGGUGCUUGCCAUAGUCGCUGGCGUUGCUGUUGACUCUGCCGCAGUCGAUCAAAGGAGUAAAGCAGUAGGCAAUCGAAAUUUAUGGCAGUAUACUGGAUUCAAGGGUGGAUUUUAUGGUGGUCCAGGAAUCCAGGAACGAUCGUUCUCUGGAGCCUGGAACUCAGGUCACGAUGCUGAACAACAUCAACCACAACAACAACAGUAUCAACUAACACAGGAUCAUUCUCAACACAUGCAGAAGAUACGAGUGUCAGUGCCGGCAGUGCACGAAUGGCACAGCGAAGGAAGCUAUGAGGGUAAUCAGGGUCACCAGGAUGCCUGGAAGCCAAUGUCCUUUGGAACAUCUCGAUCGCUGCACGGGUUCAGCAGUCACAGUAAGGAAUCCAACGAGAAGGAACAUUCGCAGAAGGAGUGGCAGGGCGAUGAGAGCUACGAAGUAGAACAGGAUGGAGGUCAUGAAACAGGUCGUGAUGGAGGACAUGAUGACGGACAUGAUGGAGGUCACAAAACGCAUACCGAAGAGCACGAGCAUAAUCACCAUCAUCACCAUCAUCAUCAUGUUAAGGUUAUCGAGGUUCCCAAACCCUUUCCAGUGCAUGUUGAAAAGUCAUAUCCUGUGUAUGUUGAGAAGCCAGUUAUUGUGGAGAAGCACGUGCCAAUCAAGCUGCUGAUCACCAAGAAGUACCACAAACACGACCAUAAACACUAG